GGCCAUAAUCCCUGUAAGAGGAUGAAGAACCUUAGCACCGGAUGUUUCGUUAUGCAGCCAUGGCGGCCCUGGUUGCUCCUCGCCUUGCCACACUUGGCUCCUAUUCCGUAAGACCGAUUUCAUUAUUUGCUGCUCAGAACAAAGUUGUAUUCAAGAACAAGAAGGAUGAAGAUGCUAAAAGCCUGGUUCCAUUCAGAGGGAAAAGCACGGCCGUGGCAGCCAAGCCAGCCUCAGCGGUCAGCAGCAAGGGUGAAUAUGUCAUCACCAAGCUUGAUGACCUGGUGAACUGGGCACGCAGAAGCUCCUUGUGGCCCAUGACGUUUGGCCUGGCAUGUUGUGCCGUGGAGAUGAUGCACAUGGCUGCACCUCGCUAUGACAUGGACCGUUUUGGUGUUGUGUUCAGAGCUAGUCCUAGACAGGCGGACGUCAUGAUCGUUGCUGGAACACUGACGAAUAAGAUGGCUCCUGCUCUGCGGAAGGUGUAUGAUCAGAUGCCUGAGCCAAGAUAUGUCAUUUCUAUGGGAAGUUGUGCUAAUGGUGGAGGCUACUAUCACUACUCCUACUCAGUGGUCAGAGGCUGUGACAGAAUUGUCCCUGUGGACAUUUAUGUUCCGGGCUGCCCACCCACUGCAGAGGCUCUGCUUUAUGGAACACUGCAGUUACAGAGGAAAAUUAAGCGGGAAAAGAAAAUGCGAAUUUGGUAUCGGAAGUGAGGUGUGUCUGGUUGUUGGUAUCGCAAGUGAUGCGUGUCUGGCUGUUGUAAAUGUUUUAUUUAACGGUGGUCGUUUGUUGUACUUGGAAGAUCUUCUCAGGAGUUGCUCUGGAUUGAGCUCUAUCUCCUCCUCUUCAUAGUUACAAUAAAAGACUAUGCAUUGUA